AUGGCGGCGUCCAUGGAGAGAUUUGUGACUGCUGUUAGAAAAAACAAAUUCCUAAGAUUUGGACUUCCCAUGCUGGUUCUUGUUGUUGGAGGGUCGUUUGGAUUGAAGGAAUUCAGAACAUUGCGAUAUGAUAUUAUCGACAAAAGAAAAACAGUUGAUCCGGAAACAGAGGAAAGGAUGAACGCAAGAAGGAAGAAAGAAAAGGUCACGGUCGAAGGAGAAUUUAAGAAAAUGGAGGAAGGAGAUCUGGACACUUGGCAUAACAUCCGAGGACCACGCCCCUGGGAAGACUCUAAAGAAUAUCAAGAAAUGGCACGAGAAAACAUCAGGAAACAGCAGGAAAAGAAAGUGGAAAUAUCAAAUUGAUUAUACUUUAGGAUCGAGUUCGGGUGGUGUGUACUUGGAUACUCAAAAGCACUAGGAUUAAUGUUCAUGUAUCUUCCAUCCAAACGAUGAUGAUGUAGCACCGUUUGUGCAGUGUUGUUCUCGACUGAUCCUUGCUGGAAGAUGGUCCUGUUCCGAGGGCAUUGUUCUCGGGUCGUGUUCUCAUCAUUCGUGCGUGUGAACAGCUCACUCGGGCCAAGAACACACCGCCCAAACUCACCCAAAGAGUCAGCUCUGAUGGACAUAAUAUGAUGCAUUGUUCACCAAACCAUGUUUUUCCAGCUUGGACGCACUACUCUUGUGCAUAUGUGGCACAUAGGUUUUUCUGCGUCAUGCUGGCUCUUUGUGUAUUGCAUCAACUUCAUAGGUUGGUGAAGAUGUUUAACAAUGACAAGUUAAUGCUAGGCACAGUGCAUGGGAUUGCAUGGAAGAGUGCCCAACCCAGUUGAGGAUUGGAUGUUUUUGUAUUAUUGUAUAUAUCUGAUAAUGAAACCAAGGAUGUUUCAUAAGCGAACUUAAUCACUGACAC